AUAUUCACAUCGGUGGCCUUGGCUCCUCGCUAACCCAACGAUGCCAAGGGUUUUAGCGACGGCCGGUAUCUGAGAAAUCCACAAAACCUCUCUUAUCAGAGUAUCGAAGUCCGGCUUUUACCUUCUCUUUGACCUUUCAUCCUGAGUAAUGGAGCUUCUCAAUCCUUCUGUUUCAAACAGACAUCUGUUUACUCCACGCUCUUCCUUCUUCACUCGCAAAUUUUCCUUCAAAACUUGCAAAACUAAAAUCCCUUCCAAAUCCCAUAAAAACCUUUCUGUUCCAUUCCAUUUAUCCUUCUUUACCACCAGAAUUGUGCUUGUUUCGGCCCAUUUUGGACGACCUACGAAUCGCAGGAACUCCCUGAGGAAAAAGCACGUUGAUGAUCAACAGGUGCGUCAAAAGAAUCCUAUUUCUCUAAAUCCAAGUUCUGAUUUUCAAAACCCGAAUAUCCAUUUUGAUAAUAUUGGUAAUUCUCAAGAGACUUUGGAUUAUGAUAGUCUAGAAGGGAUUGAUUCUAGUUAUGGAGUUGGUUUAGUUGAACCUGGAUGGGAAAAAACAUGGAAAACAAAACCGAAGGAACUGGGUGAGUCAGUUUUGUCGACUAAGCUGGAAGACUGGGUGCAUCAGUAUAAUAAAGAUACUGCAUAUUGGGGUCUUGGGUCUUCUCCUAUUUUUACCCUUUUUCAUGAUUUAAAAGGCAAUGUCAAGCGGGUUAUAGUCGAUGAAGAUGAGAUCUUAAAGAGAAGCCAAGUUAAGAAGCGAGAAUUGGGAGAUAUAACAAAACUUAAUUCUAAAAUUUCGUAUGCAAAGGAUUUGGCUAGACGAAUGGAGGAAGGGGGAAAUGUUAUUCCUAGAAAUAGUUCAGUGGCAAAAUUUGUUGUUUCCAGGGAAGAGUCUGGUUUUGUAAACUCAAUUCGUGAUGCUGUUUUCCAACCCCAGUUUGUCCCAGUCCUUUCGGGACUUGGGAAAUUGACAUUUUGUGGUUUUGUUGCAAUUUGGGCGCUGAAGAAGUUGUUCACCUCUGGAAAUAAGAAGGAGCAGUUAACAGAAGUGGAGAAGGAAAUGAUGAGGAGAAAGAUAAAAUCUAGACAGGAGAAAGAAAUGCUGGAGAAAGGUAGAGUUGAAGUUGUUCAAGAACCUUCUGAACUACCAAUGUUGUCAACUGAAAAGCCUAAACUGGACAAGCAAGAACUAAUGAGAAAUAUACUUGAUGCAAAGGCUUCAAAGGAUAAUUUGGUGUUAGUAGAUUCUUCUGGUUGCCAUACUACCAGUAGCAUGGAUUUUGAUAAAAAAAUUCAAGAAAUUGGAGCAAUGGCAAGGGAAGCUCGGGAGAUUCAGAGUGGAGGACAACCAAUGGUUAAUAAGAAUAGAGAAGAAAAACAGUCUGUUAAAGAUGAAUCAUCUGGUGGGACAGAGUUGUUUGAAAAGCACACAGAAGAAGUGAGUUCUAUAAGUAACACUCAAAAUGGAGAGUCUGGUCAAAGGAAGGAUAUAGAUGAAAUCACAGGGGAGAUAUCUUUAGAAGGAUCAGAGGGUGAUGAUACCAGACAUCUAAAUAAGGUAUCCUCAGAAAAGAAUGGGGUCAUGCAUUCUUCCUGCGCUUCAAGUGUAGAAGUUUCGAAAGACAGGCAAACAAUGGCAAGAGGAGAAGUUACACAUUCCUCUGAUACUCCUGAUGGUGAAUGGUGCUUGCCAAAGGACAAAUCUUUUACAAUGAAACCAAGGAUUAUAAUGUCAGUCAAAGAAGCAAGAGAAUUCCUUGCUAAGAGUGGUAGCAAACGUGGCCAGGAACCCAACGUUAACAAAACGCAAGAGAAAACUAUUAUGUUAAGUCCGUCUAGUGAUAAAGUAUCUUGUAGUAAAACAAGCCAAAGAGUGGAAACAAGUACACCAAUUUUUGGACCUGUCAAUUUGGGCGGGGUGUUAGAUCCUUCUACUGCCACAAAUUUUCUCAAAGAUUCAAUUUUGGAGGGGAAUGAAAUGGUUUCAGUCCAAAGAGAUGAUUCAAAUGAUUCUAAGGAAGAACAUGGAUUGCAUAAUCUUCAAAAUUCCCAAACACUCUUAAAUGGUGACAUUAAUGACAGCAAAGAGGGAAUACAACCUGUACAGAAAGAAAACUGGAUGGAGAAAAAUUUUAUUGAAGUUGAACCCAUAAUUGAGAAGAUUGGUGAUGGAUUUAGGGAUAACUACAAGAUUGCAAAAGAAAAAGUAAAUCAACAUUCAGCUAUUGAUCUGUCAAAUCUUAACUAUGAUGAAGAGGAUAGUGAACUUGAAUGGAUGAAAGAUGAUGACCUUAGGGAAAUAGUUUUUCAAGUCCGAGAAAAUGAGUUGGCAGGGAGGGACCCUUUUCAUUUGAUGGAUGCCGAAGAUAAACUUAAAUUCUUCAAAGGUCUCGAGGAGAAGGUUGAGAAAGAGAAUGAAAAAUUGUUUCAAGUUCAUGAAUAUCUCCAUUCAAAUAUUGAAAAUCUUGAUUAUGGGGCAGAUGGUAUCAGCAUAUAUGACCCUCCAGAAAAAUUUAUACCACGAUGGAAGGGGGCUCCAUUAGAAAAAAAUCCCGAGUUUUUCAACAACUUCCUAGAACAACGGAAAGCCAUUUUUGCUGGAAAUGCUAGCACUUCGUACCUUGUGAAGGAGGAUGAACCAAACUUGCUUCAGAUAUCAACGGAAUCUCUAGUAGAUGAGAAGACUUCAAUUUCUGUAUCAGACAAUGCUCUCGAGAAGACUUUACAUAGUAGGAACUCUAAAGAUUCCAAGACAGUUAUAGAAGGUAGUGAUGGUUCUGUUAGACCUGGAAAAAAAUCAGGUAAAGAAUAUUGGCAACACACAAAGAAAUGGUCCCGUGGGUUUUGGAAAUCUUACAAUUCAGAGACAGACCCAGAAAUGAAAUCUAUCAUGAAGGAUAUAGGAAAAGAUUUGGAUAGAUGGAUCACUGAAGAAGAGAUUCAGGAGGCAGCUGAUCUGAUGAAGAAACUUCCUGAGAGAAAUAAGAAGUUCAUGGAAAAGAAAAUCAACAAGUUAAAAAGAGAAAUGGAAUUGUUUGGACCGCAAGCUGUAGUGAGCAAAUACAGUGAGUAUGCAGAAGAGAAGGAAGAAGAUUACUUGUGGUGGUUAGAUCUUCGGCACGUACUGUGCAUUGAAUUGUACACAACUCAGAAUGGGGAACAGAAGAUUGGAUUCUAUUCAUUGGAGAUGGCUGCAGAUCUUGAAUUGGAACCAAAACCAUGCCAUGUGAUUGCUUUUGAAGAUGCUGGUGAUUGCAAAAACCUAUGUUGUAUUAUUCAAACUCACAUGGAUAUGCUUGGAAAUGGCCAUGCCUUUGUCGUUCCAAGGCCUCCUAAGGAUGCCUUUCGAGAAGCCAAAGCAAACGGUUUUGGUGUUACUGUUAUUAGGAAAAGAGAGCUAAAGCUGAAUGUAGACCAAACCCUGGAAGAAGUGGAGGAACAAAUAACAGAGAUAGGAAGCAAGAUGUACCAUGACAAGCUCAUGCGGGAACGAUCCGUUGAUACAAGUGCACUGAUGAAGGGUGUUUUUGGUGUAGACGGCCAAAGUGCUGACGCUAAAAGAAAAAAGUCAAAGCGGAAGCUGAAGAAGCCUAGCAAGAAACGAAGAUGACUUGUGGCUAAUGAAUGAAGCUUCGGUGAGGGUUGAUGACCGUGUUAAAAAAUUGAUGAAUGAAAGCUGUUUUACGAGGUCUGUAUCUGGGUUCGUUGUCUUGUUUCUAGUCAGGCAGCGCAGGAGCACAAGGAACACCUUUUUGUUCAAUGCUGAAUGCUUUACCUGUAACAUAUGUCAAGUUAAUCUGCUGGCAGCCCUAUUUGAAAAGGUCCUUGCGUCAUGCAGCGAUGUCAAGUUGGCAAUUCUACUAGUUAAUCCACGAGCGUAAGGCUUCAAUUCUGGAAGUGAGAAUCAAUUGUACCGUGGGAGGGGCUGCUCUGCGUCCAUCAGCAAUUUCCGGCGCAUUGGUCUUCCAAGUCUAAAGCGAUUGGAGCAGGUAUCUGUAUUCUUUGGGAUCGACAGAAUAGGAUUUGGCCCUGUAAAAUUCAAAGCCCGCUGCUGGUGAGGAUAAACCCUUCACCUUUCAUUUUUUUUCUUUUUUAAUUUGUUUUUUAAUAAAAAAAGGUUCAAAUAAACUUUCGAACUUUUUAUUAAAA